AAGUUCCCAAGUUUCUCCUCCUGUUGCUAUUUGCAGCAACAUUUGCUCAGAGUCAAGAACGGUUACAAGGGAUGCCAAGCUUAAGGAAAGGGAACUCCUUGAAAGUUGAGGAGGAGACCAACGUCUUGGUUUCACCAGAUGGAACUUUUUCUAGUGGAUUUUACAAAGUUGGUGCCAAUGCCUCCUGUUAUUCAAUAUGGUUCACCAAUAGUGCCAAUAAAACAAUUGUCUGGAUGGCUAACAGAGACAAGCCUGUGAGCAAAAGAGGCUCAAAGCUAACCCUCCAUGGAAGUGGCAACCUGGUUUUGACUUUUGACAGAUGCACUUGGUACACUCGUGUGGUCGACCAACACAAUCUCUAACGAAGACACGGAAGUUGUGCUUCUUGACACAGGAAAUUUGGUGCUGAGGAAUCAAGCAAAGAGGGUAAUCUGGCAGAGUUUUGAUUCUCCCACAGAUACACUUCUACCAACACAGCCACUCACCAAGAACACAACCUUGGUGUCCAUGAGAAGCCAAGGUACAUACUUAUCUGGGUUCUAUAACUUCAAAUUCGACGAUAACAAUGUCUUGUUUCUCAUCUACAAUGGCCCUCAACUUUCUAGUGUUUAUUGGCCCCGGAUUAUUCCAAGUGUUUUUGAAAGUGGUAGAAAUCCUUACAACAGCUCAAGGGUGGCAAUUUUAGAUGUGGCUGGACAAUUUAUAUCUAGUGACAAUAUGCAGUUCAAUGCAUCUGACUACGGGGUUGGUCCAAAGCGGCGUCUAACGGUGGAUUAUGAUGGCAUCUUAAGACUGUACAGUCUUCAUGAAUCGACAGGGUUGUGGAAACUCUCAUGGUUGCCUGAUAGUGUUGAUGCAUGCCGGGUUCAGGGCUUGUGCGGUGAAUAUGGUAUUUGCACAUACAAACCACAACCUACUUGUACCUGCCCUUCGGGGUUUUCCCUAAACGAUCCCUCAGACUGGUCCAAAGGCUGCUCACCUCCCUUCAAUUUGACUCAACUCACUCAAGAUACAAGCAAGCUGGAUUUCCUGGAGCUUCCUUACACAGAUUACUAUGGAUAUGACAUGGCAACCUAUACUCGUGGAAUCUCUUUUGAAGCAUGCAGGAAUUCAUGUCUAAUGCAUUCAAGUUGCUUGGGAUUCGGAUAUGCACUGGAUGGGAUCGGAGAAUGUUACCCCAAGAGUCUUCUGCUUAAUGGAUAUCGUUUUCGAAUGUUAAGAGCAUCAUCCAUGUGAAGAUUCCAAAAGGUUUUCUGAACCCUGGUGCAGUCCAAACCAGACUAGAAACACAUGAUUUGAACUGUUCAGCGGCACAGUUUGUUGUAAGUACUGAUCUCGAAACAGAAAAGGGCAAUGGACACCAGUACAUGAAAUACCUCAUUGGAUUUUUGAGUUCCUUUGGGCUAAUUGAAGCAAUCGGCAUCAGUUUGACAUGGUGGUUUGUGUUCCGAAAGCAAGCUCGUGACGAAAUGAUGAACAUGGGGUACAUGGCAUUAGCCAUAAAUGCUGUGGGAUUCAAAAGUUUCACCUAUGCAGAACUAAAGAAAGCAACCAAUGACUUCAAACAGGAGAUAGGAAAAGGGGGGUUCGGCACAGUCUAUAAAGGGGUUCUGGAUGGUGACAGAGUUGUAGCUGUGAAGAGACUAGAAGGCAUUGUACAAGGAGAUGCAGAGUUUUGGGCAGAGGAUUGGAGCAGCGAUACAAUAUUGCAUUAGGCACUGCAAAGGGUUUGUCAUAUCUACAUGAGGAGUGUCUGG